CUCUUUGCAUUCUAGAUACACGUUUGUUUUGUUUGCUUGUUUGUUUGUUUGUUUGUUUUUACCUAGGAUGUAAAAAUGGUUUUGAAGUUCAUUAAGAAAAUGUUUUUCCCAUCCAUGACUGUGGUUGGCAUUCUGGGGAACAUGUCUGUUUCUGUAAAUUAUAUGUUCAGUUGGUGGGGAAGCCCUGAGAAAAAGCUCAUACACGUUAUUCUCAUCCACUUGGCUUUUACAAACAUCAUACUUCUUCUUGCAAAGAGAUUGCCAAAGACAAAAGGAGCUUUUGGUUUGAGAAACUUCCUAGAUGACAUAGGCUGUAAGACCAUUGUUUACCUGGAGAGGGUGGCCCGGGGCCUCUCCAUCUGCACCAGCAGUCUCCUCACUGUGGUCCAGGCCAUCAUCAUCAGUCCCAGAGCAUCUGGGUGGAGGAAGCUCAGGCCAAAGUCUGCAUGGCACAUCCUUCCAUUCUUCUCAUUCUUUUGGGUACUCAAUGCUUCAAUAAGUGUGAACCUAAUCCAUUCUACCACAAAUACAAGACUGAAUGUAUCACAGCUUAGGGGUGAUGAGAGCAAUUGUUAUUUUAUGUUACCAAGUCAGAAAAUAAAAUGGAUUUUUCUUCCUCUCAUGGUCCUAAGGGAUGCAGUGUUUCAGGGUGCCAUGGGAGGGGCCAGUGGCUACAUGGUAUUUCUUCUCUACAAACACCACCUGCAUGUCCUCUACCUUCAGAACUCCAAGCUUCUCUACAGAACUCCCCCUGAGCUGAGAGCUGCCCAGAGUGUCCUCCUUCUGAUGCUCUGUUUUGUUUUCUUUUAUUGGACAGAUUGUGCGUUUUCUUUUUUUCUAAGUUUCUCUUUAGAGGAGUAUUCGUUGAUGGUAAAUAUUCAUGAGUUUCUGACCCUUGGUUAUGCGAUUUUCAGCCCCUUUGUGCUGAUUCACAGGGAUGAACUUCUGACUGGAUUUUGGCAUGUGCAUUUAGGGAAACUGAGAAAAUGUCUCUCAUUUACCUGUUCAAUAAGUAUUGGGAGAAGACUCUCAGUUCUUCAGUAUUAUGGGUAAGAUCAGAUCCCACAAAGAAGGUUAAGAAUCUAUUUAUUCUCACUUUUCCUGGUGACUCAAGCCUUGAACUGAGAAUUAAUUAUAAAUUAACUCUGUAAUCUUAGCAAAUUACACCUAAAAUAGAAACCUCAUUCUCCA